AUGGACAGUGACGACGGUCCGCCGCUCGACUCUCCCGACGCUGCAGCGCCUCCCGGCGGCGGCGAACAACAACAGCAGCAGGGCCAGGAGAACGGGGAGCAGCCGCCACCCUCGCUCCCCGACGACGCCCUCGCCAACAUUUUCAGCCGGCUGGCGCCGCGCUGCGUCGCCGCGUCCCGCCGCGUCUGCAGGCCCUGGUGCGCCGCCAUCGACGCCCGCCGCCUCCUGCGCGCGGACCGGCUCCCGCUCACCCUCCGCGGCAUCUUCCUCCACUUCCACACGCACAAGUUCCCGGCCUUCUUCGCCCGCCCCGGCGCCCCCGCACUCACCGGCAAGCUCAGCUUCCUGCCCUACGCCAGCCCCGCCGCCUGCGCGUGGCGCGUAGGCGAAACCUACCGCACGCGGGAGAGAUACGCCAUCAAGGACCACUGCAACGGCCUCCUGCUCAUCGACACCUACGUCGUCAACCCCACCACGCGGCGCUGGGAUGCGCUGCCCCCAGGCCCGCCCGGCCGCGUCCAGUUCCUCGUCAGCACCGACCAAGACCUUCUUGAAGAUGCCACUCCAGUCCCGGAAUCCAUCAACAGCUACCUGGUCUUCGACCCCACCGUGUCACCGCACUACCAGGUGCUCCGGAUCUGCGCGUUGAGCAGAAUGGGUUCCAUGGAUGUUCUAGGCUACGACGAUGCCCAGUGCCCGGCGUCCUCGUGCACCUUGAAUGUCCUCUCGUCAAGCACGGGUUGCUGGGAGGAGAGGCGUUUCGUCAGAGAAGGCGGCACAGCAGGGACCAUCGCCGAGGUGCAAGCUCGCCCGCGGUCCGGCGCCGUCUACUCCCGAGGAGCCCUCUACGUGCAUUGUGAGUCCCAUUUCGUUCUCAGGAUAUCCUUGUCUAGCAAUACAUAUCGCGUAGUCAAACCACCACCGGGCUACGCCGAUAACAUAUACCCACAUCCUUAUCUGCAAAGAUCACAAAACGGGGUCUACUUUCUGUCGCUUGAUAACUAUCUGCUCCGGGUUUGGAUCCUUACGGAAUCAUCAUCAUGUGGUCAACUGGAGUGGGUGCUAAAACACGACAUAGACCUCGAGCCCGUGUUCGCACGUUGGUGUCCUCCACAACCUCGUGCGCCCUGGAUGUUGAAAGGGAUCAACCACAACCCGUUCUGCAUUCAUUUUCCUGAACCCGGCAAAGAUGACAUGGUUCAAGACAAGUUUGAGUGGAGCUCUGACAAUGGUGAUGUUCUUGAAAAUGGUGAUGAUGAUGAUGUUGUUGUUGUCAAUGAAGGCGCGAUCGAAGAGUGCAGCUCAGAGGACAACAAGAAAGCAAUUCUUCAAGAGAAAUUUGAAUCCAACGCCAGUGAUGACUUGUCUGAAGAGCGUUGCUGGAAUGAAGAAGUAUGUGAGCUUGACAUGCUCGGGCUUCACCCAUUCAAAGAGGUUCUCUUCCUCUCCGACUUAGCCUCCAAAGGACUAGCUUAUCAUUUGAACACCUCCAAGAUUGAAUGGUUAGGUGCCAUAUACCCUGAAAAAUAUCACCGUUCCGGUGGUUACAGGGAUGAAGUGGACAGGGUCAAGUAUGCUUUUGCAUACACACCAUGUUGGAUGGAAGAGUUCCCUACAAACAGUUAG